CAGAGAACAGAAGCAACAAAAGAGAAUUCACACAGCACAAAGAACGAAGCAGAGAAGAACUAAUCAUCCUUUAACAAAAAGAGCUUAGUUUCUUUGUAGUAUAGCCAUGUCUAAGAUGAAAACUGAUCGCAAGCCUCCGCUGGCUAGAUCGCCGAUUCGGGUUCGACCACGUCGAGUUCUUCGAUCAAACGCAACUUCUCUUCAAACCCCUCCUGGAUCUUUAACGAAAUCUCAGAAGCUGAUCCGCUCAUCAGACCUUCAAGAAUCGGAUCUUCGACCCGAAUACCGUACGAUUUCUUGCGAGUUACGGGCUCUGGCAAAGAUGGUUCAAGAUGAACUCGGAGAGGGUAAAUUGGGUAAUAAUAAUAACAAUAAAGCUGGGUCGGGCAAUGAGUUAAGUGGCAAUUCGAGUUCUUUCUUUGAAAGGGGUAGGUUUUAUGAAGAGUACUCAGCGAGAAGAAAUGAGAGGCUGAAGAGAAAGAAAAAUGAAACGGGUGACGUGACAAAGACUCCGUAUAAUCUUGGUGUGACAGUUGAGUCUUCAAAGAGAAGAGAUUCGAAGAAGCUAGAGAGUCUGAGGAAGUCUGUUUCUGCUGCUUAUUCUGUGGAGACAACUGAGCCCAGAUAUAUGCUGAGAAGCAUGAGCAAAGAGAACAGGAAACCUCCUCUACCUUUCAACUCUGUGAUUGACAGUCAACGAAAGACGGGGGCUCGUAGAGUCAGGAAGAUUUGAAUUUUCACAGCUGGGGGGUUUUAGGGAUUUUUUUUUUUUUAAUUCUGCUAUUAGUAUUUUGAUUUAGGAAAACUGAACUUCAUUCAUGAAUUAAAUAUGUUCCAUUGCUGUUUCUGGGUUUUAGUGCCUGUUUGAUGGUGACGCGUAGUAAAUAUAUUUUUACGUCUUUCAACAAAAAUCUGGUUGAAUGAAAGCAAUUCAUUCAGGCUUCUUUCUCCGUUCCUUUGUCCAUUCACUGUUUCCCUAUUGUUCUUUACAUUCAAUAUGGUGAAA